AUGUCAGGCGCAUCCUUCUUCAAGGUUUUGGGCCUUGCCACAACGGCAUCGGAAACUUCGGUUCGGUCGAGGUUCAAGAUUUUAGCACUGGCUUAUCAUCCCGACAAGACAAAUGCAGUCAACAAAGCAGUAGCUACUUCCCGUUUUGUGGAAAUACGACAAGCUUAUGAAUAUUGUAUGUCUCAUCUCGGCCCGGAAGAGGAAGAGGAAGAAGACUACGAGGAUGAUGAUGAUGCGGACUGGCGAGGCAAGCUUCCUGCCGGGAUAUUCGAUGCGAACAGCGCAUGGUGGGAAGGAAUACAGGGCGAUGAGCCCAUGGUUAUCUUGAAAUGGGCCGAGGCUUGUGAAAACGCCCAUCGCUUCGCUGCCGUGAAGCUCGAUGAGGUGGAGCAACGUAAGCUCAAUGUCAGUUAUCUCAAGGCCUACGAAAACUUCGAAUACUGGCGUCGUAAGCAUAUUGAAAGAUAUGACGAAGAGGACCGCAUACAGCAGGAUAUCAAUGCUCUUCCAGAGCGUCUUCAGGUCCACGUCCGCCGUUCUCUCGAAGCUAAACGAGCUGAGCAGGACUAUUGUUAUGAACAAUACCAGGAAGAUCACGACGAGGAACAGUACUUUUGGGAGCAAGAGGCCUUGGAAGAUCCCGAUUCCAUACCUAUGCCGACCGACACGUGGCGCUACCGUCACAAUGCGGUAGAAAAUAGCGCCACCCCCAAACAGCACCUUGUAAAUUUCAGGAUACAGUGCGCGGCAGUCGAGAAGCGCAACAUAGAAUGGAAGGAACAGGGCAUUGAGUACUAUCCUCAAGCGGAGAUGGAUCGCCGUACCAGGAGGCGCAAAGCCACGGAAGCUAGGCUUCUCGAGGAUGUUGCGCGCGCUGAGAAGCAGGCACGCGAACUCAAGCUGAUUCAAGAUAUCAACUCCGCGAAGCGUGUUGACCGCCUUGCCAAAGCAACUGCUACUGAGUUGAUAGACGGUAUCAUACCCCAGUGCCUGGAAGAUAGUCCCGAAGACGAUGCUGUACCUCACAGCCUGGAAGACCGUGUUGAGGAUGAGGGCGCAUGA